AUGCCUCUGAUGGAGGAGUUUCUGAGAAGCACCUCUGGGCCAGUGGCUUUGAAAGGGAGCUCAAAGCAGAGGCUAUUUAAAGCUCUGGACAUCGCAUCCUGAGGGCUGCAGGAGAGGAGAGCAUGGCCGUGAGUUUAGAUGACGACGUUCCCCUCAUCCUGACCUUGGACGAGGGUGGCAGUGCCCCACUAGCUCCCUCCAACGGCCUGGGCCAAGAGGAGCUGCCUAGCAGAAUCCAAGCUGAGUAAGGUCAUACACGAUGAAGAUCACGGCUCUCGGGGAUGAAGCCCCUACACCAGGUGCCAGGCAGUGUCCAGAGGCACUCUGCUCGUGCUGGCUCUCUCGUUGGGUGCUCCCAGCGGAUGUGUGAGGCCAGCACCUUCAGGAUCCCCGUCUGACAGGCGAGGAAACUGAUGCUCUGGGAGGUUGAAACAUCCCCAAGGUCACGCAGCCAGGAAGAGCCACGGCAUUGAACUCAUGUCUUCUGACCUCAGACUCAGGCCCUUAACUCCUGUUGCUGCAUGCCAAGAGAUGGAGGCAGCUAUGCCAUCCACGACUCCCGGACCGCCAGUCUAGGCUCAGGGGGUGAGAGUCCCACCGGUCACAACUGGGAGAUCAAUUAUCAAGAGGCAGCAAUCUACCUCCAGGAAGGCGAGAAUAAUGACAAGUUCUUCACCCACCCCAAGAACGCCAAAGCGCUGGCGGCCUACCUCUUUGCACACAACCACCUCUUCUACCUGAUGGAGCUGUCCACAGCCCUGCUCUUGCUGCUACUCUCCCUGUGUGAGGCCCCCGCCGUCCCCGCGCUCCGGCUCGGCAUUUACGUCCACGCGACCCUGGAGCUGUUCGCCCUGAUGGUGGUUGUGUUUGAACUCUGCAUGAAGUUGCGGUGGCUGGGCCUCCAUACCUUCAUCCGGCACAAACGGACCAUGGUCAAGACCUCCGUGCUGGUGGUGCAGUUCAUCGAGGCCAUUGUGGUGUUGGUACGGCAGACGUCCCACGUGCGUGUGACCCGGGCGCUGCGCUGCAUUUUCCUGGUGGACUGUCGGUACUGCGGGGGCGUCCGGCGCAACCUGCGGCAGAUCUUCCAGUCUCUGCCGCCCUUCAUGGACAUCCUCCUGCUGCUGCUGUUCUUCAUGGUCAUUUUCGCCAUCCUCGGUUUCUACUUGUUCUCCCCUGAUCCUUCAGACCCCUACUUCAGCACGCUGGAGAACAGCAUCGUCAGUCUGUUUGUCCUUCUGACCACAGCCAAUUUCCCAGAUGUGAUGAUGCCCUCCUACUCCCGGAACCCCUGGUCCUGUGUCUUCUUCAUCGUCUACCUCUCCAUCGAGCUGUACUUCAUCAUGAACCUGCUUCUGGCCGUGGUGUUCGACACCUUCAAUGACAUUGAGAAACGCAAGUUCAAGUCUCUGCUGCUGCAUAAGCGAACUGCCAUCCAGCAUGCCUACCGCCUACUCAUCAGCCAACGGAGACCCUCCGGCAUCUCCUACAGGCAGUUUGAAGGCCUGAUGCGCUUCUACAGGCCCCGGAUGAGUGCCAUGGAGCGUUAUCUGACUUUUAAGGCCCUGAAUCAGAGCAACACACCUCUGCUCAGCCUGAAAGACUUUUAUGAUAUCUACGAAGUUGCUGCCUUGAAGUGGAAGGCCAAGAGAAAUAGAGAACACUGGUUUGAUGAGCUUCCCAGAACAGCAUUCCUCAUCUUCAAAGGAAUUAAUAUCCUUGUGAAGUCCAAGGCCUUCCAGUAUUUCAUGUACUUGGUGGUGGCAGUCAACGGGGUCUGGAUCCUUGUGGAGACCUUCAUGCUGAAAGGUGGGAACUUCUUCUCCAAGCAUGUGCCCUGGAGCUACGUCGUCUUUCUGACUAUAUACGGGGUGGAGCUGUUCCUGAAGGUUGCUGGCCUUGGCCCCGUGGAAUACCUGUCCUCCGGGUGGAAUCUGUUCGACUUCUCGGUCACGGUGUUCGCCUUCCUGGGACUGCUGGCUCUGGCCUUCGACAUGGAGCCCUUUUAUUUCAUAGUCGUCCUGCGUCCCCUCCAGCUGCUGAGGUUGUUUAAGUUGAAAAAGCGCUACCGCAAUGUGCUGGACACCAUGUUUGAGCUGCUGCCCCGGAUGGCCAGCCUCGGCCUCACCCUGCUCAUCUUUUACUACUCCUUCGCCAUCGUGGGCAUGGAAUUCUUCUGUGGGAUCCUCUACCCCAACUGCUGCAAUACCAGCACCGUGGCUGACGCCUACCGCUGGCUCAAUCACACCGUGGGCAAUAAGACCGUUGUGGAUGAAGGCUAUUAUUAUCUCAAUAACUUUGACAACAUCCUGAACAGCUUCGUGACCUUGUUCGAGCUCACAGUUGUCAACAACUGGUACAUCAUUAUGGAAGGUGUCACCUCUCAGACCUCACACUGGAGCCGCCUCUACUUCAUGACUUUUUACAUCGUGACCAUGGUGGUGAUGACCAUCAUUGUCGCCUUCAUCCUCGAGGCCUUCGUCUUCCGAAUGAACUACAGCCGCAAGAACCAGGACUCGGAAGUUGAUGGUGGCAUCACCCUCGAGAAGGAAAUCUCCAAAGAUGAGCUGGUUGCUGUCCUGGAGCUCUACCGAGAGGUGCGAGGAGCCACCUCGGACGUCGCCCGGCUGCUCAAGGUCCUCUCCCAGAUGGAGAGACAUGAGCAAAACACCGUGGUGUUUCUGGGACGGAGAUCAAGGACCAAAAGUGACCUGAGCCUAAAGAUGUACCAAGAAGAGAUUCAGGAGUGGUACGAGGAGCACGCCCGCGAGCAAGAGGAGCGGCAGGGACAGCUCAUCGGCAGCGGCCAGGUCCCCACCACCCAGCAGCUCCCAGGCGGCCGCCAGCGCUCCCAGACCGUCACCUAGCCCCAGCGCGACAGCCAUCUCUUCUAUGCAAUAACACAAUAGUAUUAUUUUACUACGACAUAUUGAAAAAAAAUGCGUGUGUGUGUGUGCACGCACAUGCAUUCAUAUAUAUGCACAUAUUUAUAUAUACGAAGAGUAAAAGACAAGAUGGGGUUUGGUGUGUAACCACCCUGCCCUGUUUUUAACCCCAGAGGUCACUCUGGUUUGGGGGGGGUCAGGCCGCCGUGAGCUCUGCCUAACGUGGAAAGUUCCAGAAGGCCUCUUCAGAAAAAGACCACUUGGAUAGAUCCUGCCGAUCUCUGCAGGGCUCGCCUUCAAAGUGGGCCAGCCCUCCCUAGGCCAGAUCCACACCGUCUUCCCAAGGCUGCACUCACACCCACAUCCCAGCUGACCGCUUCCCCACUAACUUUCCCUGCGGCCCGCGUCACGGGGUGUCUGGCCUGCUUUAGGGACAAAACCACUUAGGAUGUGGGUUAGUAUUUCUAUAUAUAUGAUAAUAUAAUAGAACAUUUCCUCGGGGGACCAGUCCCUAGGACCUAAUGGAUAGAGUACUCAAGGGGUGUGAUCAUGCCCAUGCGGUUGGAUCUCAGCCAGUUCUGGGCAGCGUGAGAUUGCGCGUGAUUGCGCGAAUUUCACAUCCUGGCUCUGUAAGCCUUCUCUCCCACACUUCCUUUGGUUUAACCCUCGUUGCUGCAGAUCCUUCUAAAAUGGCCUCCUUUAGACUCUCAGAUGGAGGAAAGCAAGCAAGAGGGCCGGGCUGAUGGCUGCCCGACCCAUUCCUGAGACGGGCUUUUGCCACUAGAACCCUUUUCCUUGUGAUUAUCUUGUUCCGGCAGAGACAUCUUGGUUACAGAAUUCUGCUAAAGACAAUGGCAGAUCCUUCACAUUGUGCAUUAGGUUCUGCUGCUGGGAAGGGGUGCACGGAGCAAACGCUCACUGUGGGAGGUCCACGGCAGGCCUGCGGCUGAGCCCCUGCCUGUCCACUGGGACAGCUCCCCCCCACCACCACGAACCCACCUUGAGCAGUCCCCUCCGUGGACUCCACUGAGGCCAGAAUGGGGACCUGGCUUGCCCCAGGGUUCUUCACUGGCACAGCUAGGUUCAGGUGAGCCCUCAGUUAACCGAGUCCCCCCUAUAUCUUGUGGGGGUUCUCCUGAGAUCAGCAGGGUUGGGGUAGGACCAGUGCUUGAAUCCAGAGCAGGCGUUGGGGUUGGCAGCCCCAGUGAGCGCUGUUGGCGUUGGCAGGAGCAGCAGGGUCAGAACAGAGGGAGCUCUGGUUCAGCUCUGCUGGGCUGCAAACCGAGCACGGUGCAGGAGGCGGUGGGAUGAAAAGGGUCGGCAGGGGGCAGGGGAAGCAGCCCCUGCUGGGCAUCCUGCUCUGACCCCAGCUUUCCAGAUGCCUCCACUGCCUCCCAGGACGGGAAGGUGGGUGGGCAGAAGUUUCCCCCUGCCACGCCCUCCUCCUAGCAGGGUAUGGCCUGAUCCCAGGGGAGCCAUGCUGGGAUCCCCCACCGCCUCUCCCCCGCCAUCCCCAAGGCCAAGGCUUCUCGAGGGCGGCCCUGGAGGGGCUGAUUCUAGAGCCAGUAUAGUACAGCUGUGCCCCUCACCAGGGGAGAAGCGGUGGACGUUUGUUUCUGUUUUUAAAGCACAGCCCUUUGGGGAAACAGUGAACCAGGGAGAUCCCCACGGGGCAUCAGGAGACUGGCCUUGUCCUCUGUCUCUGGACGCCCGCAGCCCUGCUGCACCGAGCCCAGGCCAGAACCCUUUGCCCUCUCCGGAGAAGGAACUUUUAUUUAUUUGCACAAUUGGGUGCCUUUUAGCAUUUGUGUGUUGAAAUGGGUAUUCUGGAAUCAGGAGUCAAGGGACAGCUUUCAAAGGAGGAUAGGCCCUCUGCCCUGAGUGUUUGAGCCUCAUUCUAGUCCCUUCCCCUGGUGAACCAGGGAGGGACGACAGGGUAGUUGAGGCCCCUGGUGUGGCGGUGGUACCAGGACGGGUCAGAUCUAGUCCUCCCUCCAGCCCUGUCCUCUGAGAAAGGCCCUGGUUCUGGCUAGGUGGGAGGAAUGCAGCGGCAAUCCUGCUGCGGGCCAGACCCCGGUCAGGAGAGGGCACCCUUGUCAUUGAGGCUAAGGACAAGCUGGCCCCUCGGGGUCACCCAGGCCUGUGAGAUCUGAGGGACCUGGGACAUCAUCCAGCUCAGAUGCCCUCUCACCACCCAUGUCCUAGCCGAAUGAAACCAAGGUCAACCUUACCAACCUGCCCUUGGCCAUGAUGGCAUUGUACCCCCGCCCCGCUUUGGGGGUGGGGGGGACGCCAGCUGGCCCCUCCUCCUCGCUUCCCUCCCCCAACCCAGCCUUACUCCGCACCAUGUGACAAUCAUUUUGUAUGGAUAGAGGGAGCAACGCUGUAAGGUUUUGUACAUUGGUGAUUUGUUAACCUGGAAAACCCACUGUGUCUCCAGAUUUCCGGCAUAUUAAUAAAAAAGCCUUUGCUUUGUAAA